GGCCUCAGGAGGGUUUCAGCUUGUCUCCAGCCAAGGAGAGCUUGGAUGUUCCAUGGAGGAGAAGAGGGUAGAGACUUUCCUCUGUUUCCUGCUGUUUUUUAUAUCGAAGCAACAUAGCUCAAGAUGCUAACAGGAGAACCCAUUGCCACAUGUCUUUCUCCCUCGGUACAUGACAUGAUUUGUAAGCUUGGUUUUGAAGUUAAAGAACAUUGUGCUAUCAGUAGUGUUGUGUCUGACAAGGGAGAGGUACACUGGGAAGCAGUCACCAAGUGUGUGAACUGUGUGGAGACAGGCUGUGACCUGGACUACCGGGACAGUGUGCGGCUGCUGGGUCCUGUGUGUGAUGCCGUCCAGCUACAUUUCUUCUCUCUGACCAAGGGGCAGUUUGAGACGCGAUACGCACCAUGGCUCCAGUGGACAGGCAUUCCGCAGUUAUUUCCUGAAAUAUUCGACUCCUUGCAAAGCCUGCAGUCACCGGCCAUUUCUCUCAGCUUGAUGAAACUGACGUCAUGUCUGGAACGGGCCUUGGGCGAUGUAUUUCUGCUGAUUGGGAAGGAGUGUCCCUUUCUUUUAAGAGAUCUGCUUGCUUCCGUGGAACUUGCACAAGUCUUUGGUCAGCCUGUGAUGAGCGUGCUGAAAGUCUUCCUGGGCUCUCCACAGGGACUGAACUUGCGCAAUGUCCUAUGGCAUGGCUUCGCAUCCCCCCAGGAGGUUCCUCCCAAGUACUGUUCGAUGCUGCUGCUGCUCACAGCAGGGCUGGGACAGCUGCUCAAGAGCUUCCUGCAGCAGAGCACCUUGACUUUGACACAUCGACCUCUGGUAGUUCUCGGCAACGUGGAGGACUUGCUUGUGUUCCCCGAUGUUACUGAUGAAAUACUUUCAGUAUUGGAAGGAGUGAUGGCGAGGUCCUCUUUUGUGUUGAAAGUCAUGUUGCCAUACUGGGAGACUGCCGUGGCCAGGUUCCAGGCAGGCAGGUUUGCAGACUGUGCCAUAUUGUUACUGACACAGCUUGAGGCUGGACUUAGGAACAUCUUUGCCAAGGUCAACAAGUGUCCCAGAAGACUCCUGACGGCCGAGUCAACAGCUUUUUACACAACCUUUGAUGAAAUACUGGCGAAGCACUUGAAUGAUGGUAAAAUCAAUCAACUUCCUCUUUUUCUUGGAGAGCCUGCCAUGGAAUUUCUGUGGGAUUUCCUGAAUCAUCAGGAGGGUCCCCGGAUUAGAGACCGCUUAAGUCAUGGGGAGAUCGAUUUAGCUGACUUUCCGAAAGAAGUGACCAGUCAGCUGCUGGCAUUUUCCAUCAUCCUUUUGCUGCGGUUUGUCGAUGCCAAGCUGCUGGCACUUUGUAAGGAAAAUGCUGCAGUCCGGUCACUGCUCAGGCUGGCAGAGGGCUACAGCUCUCGCUGUCAUCCAGCGUCCCAGCUUCAAAAGCAGGUGCUGAGCUGUGAGGAGAGUGUCCGGAUCUGGCCUCUGCUACCUCUCCCCGAGGAAACCAGCUGGAAGGUGACCAGACAAGAAGGUGAUUCUGAAGCAGAUGCCUGCAGCUCUUUAACUGCAAAGAUUCUGGAAGAGCUGCACCAGCAUGUGCCUGCGCGUUGUGUGUAUGCUGACUCGCAGCAUCCUGCCACAGAGCAGUGGCGGCAGCUGCUUGGGGCGCUGUGUUCCACGAGCAUCCCCACCCUGUUCUGCCCCAGGGCUGUGCUAGAGGUGCUCACGGUGCUGCGCAGCAUCUGCUCGCAGUGCCAGCGUGUGUCUGACCAGGUGGCUGCCUCGGCAGCGCACAGGCACAGGCAGUGGCUGGAGAGGAGGCUGCGCUCACGCCAGCGGCACAACUACUUGUGCAUGGCAAACAGCCUGAGGCUCCUGUCCCCCGUGCUUUACCUGCUUCUACUGCUCGUUGCGCUGGAGCUGCUCAGCAUUCACAGCGUCCUUAGGAAGAAGGCCCCUGAGUACCAGCACUACCUCAAGUUCUUAAAGUCGAUCUUGCAGUACACUGAGAACCUGGUGGUUUACACCAGCCCAAAGAGGAACAAAUGGCAUGACACCAUCAGUCUGACACAAACAGUUUUGGUGAAGAUUUGGACUUUUUAUGAGAAGAAGCAAAUGCUAAUGCACUUAGCUAAGGAAUGCACAAGUGAAGUCGCCCUGUGAAAAUCC